AUGGACCAGCUUUCUAAAAUCUCGUUUCCUUACUAUGAGAGUCGAGAUUCAAAAGUACUGCUCAAUAAGUUACUUUUAAGCAACCAGGAUGAUUCGGAGUCAAUAGACAUUUAUCUUCAAGAAGACAAGCUGGUGGGAAACAUCAAUCAACAGGGCUAUAAGUGCCUCGAACCCAUUAGCUAUAUUGAAAACAGCGAUGAAACCGAAACGCUGAAAUUCCCCUUGCUUGUAAAGGUUGAUCCGCAGGCCAACAAAUUCAAAUUGCAUGUAUCUAUCAAGCCCACAGAAGGAUUUCGUGAUAGAAAUUUAUUGAUUGUGAAAUCGGUGGGGGUGGCAAAUGUAUCGACUAUGCGUGAGUUGACGGGAGAUGCUACUAGGUCAACUGUUGAUGUAUCGAAAGUGCUAUGCAGAAAUUUACCCAUAGAAGAUAGUGUAGAAGAGUUCCAAAAACUAAUCAUCAAUGAUUCCUAUGACCCAUCGACAAUGAAUGGGAAAAAAAUGUCGAUAUCCCUUUGGGACCAUGAUCCCAAUUCCGACCAAUAUGAUUACCUUUUACAUUGCAGCAUAUGGAUAGAUAGACUUGUUGCUCCCAAAUCCGAGAAAGAAAAUAAGAGCGAACAACCAGAGGUGAAGCAGGAAACCAAAAGUUUCUGUUUAGGAGAGUUUAAGCGAGAGUUUUGUUUCAACAUCGAAGACGGUCCUGAAUUUAGAAAACAUUUAAGCAGGCUAGAGGAGUCCAUUCCUAAAUUGCGAGGGGAUUACUUGUCGUUGAUAGAGGAUUUUAGAGUGUUGGGGUCGAAUGUUCGUCGAAUAUCCAGCUCCAAAUUGAAAGUGGCUGAGGGGAUAAACCGGAUAAUUGGCCAUAACUCGCAACUUAUUGAUGCAUUUGGAUUUAAACAAGAGUUUCAACGUGCAUUCCUUCGAAUAUUUGAGCUGUUUGAAAAGAAUAUCAACUUCUUUUUUGAACAGAUCUGCAAUGAUAAAGCUCUAACCAGAAUAAUCAACAAUGCGCCUUUUCCAUCAUUGGAGAACGCCGGCCAAUCCGAGCUACUACAAAUGAAAAAACAAUUUGAAGCAGAUUCGAAAGAAUAUUAUGCUUGGAUGAAUAAAUAUCUAGCUAAUGAGAAGGAAAGACCAGAUUCCAAGUUAUUGGCUAAAAGAAAGAAGUUUGAGCUAUCAAAGUUUGACUACUUGAACCAGCUAAGUAAAACUACGAAUAACCAAUAUGCAAACAAUUUAGCAGAAAAGCUCUUCAAGUUUAUCAAUUUAUCUUACAGCAAUCUGCACCCAAAGUUGCUAAAUUUCAAGAUGUUUUUGGAUAACACAAACUCCGGCUUAAUUGAAACCAACUACCAAAUAUAUUUGUUCGCUUUAACUCGAUUCAAUAGUGAGAAGUACCAGUUGAGACAAAAAAUUGAAGCAUGCCAAUCCAACGAGGAGUUGACGAAUUUGAUACGACACAAUAAGCUUAACGGUUCAGGCUCAAAGGAUGGUAGAAGCAUCAAUGAGAAAGCUAUUGAUGAAUUUGUAAUUACAAAAGACAACAUCGACCUAAUAUUUUCGGAUAUUCUUCUUUCACGAGAGUCGCAUACUAGUGAUUCGGAGAUGUUUGGUAUUUUAUUCGCGUUAGGUGGCCAGAAAAAUUCCGGUUGGCAUAAGGAGUGGGUUGUUCUUAAGGACGGGCAGUUGACGGAGUAUUCGGAUUGGCGCAAAGGAAAGUCUCCUAUCAACACCCCAAUCGAAGUUGCCUUGUCCAGUGUUAAGGCUGUAAAUCACUACAAGAGGCAAUACUGCUUUGAGAUCUUGACCUCAUCUGGCGAAAAACACGUUUUUCAGGCGUUUGACAAUGAUGAUAGAAAUAAAUGGGUCAAGGCCUUACACAAUGCCGGUCAGCUUGUAAAUACCAAAAGAUUGGAGCAGAAAUUUGCAACCACGCACAAAAAGGAAAAAAAAAAUUUGGGCAAAGUACUCACAGACUUCAGCUCAAAGCCAAUAGUGCCUGGAAAUAGUGAUGAUACAAGUGUCUCCCCUGUUUCAAUUGUGUCCAAGAAUCCCUUGUCAGAGAAAUCUUAUUUGCAUUUGGUCCGACUGAUCCCCGACAGCGAUAAUGAUAUGUGCGUUGAUUGCGGACUGACUGAGCUGGUAGAGUGGGUUUCUAUAAACUCGUUGAUUUGCAUGUGCGUAAAUUGCGCUUCGUGCCAUCGUAAUAUAGGAUCACACAUUAGUAAAGUGCGGUCUUUGACUCUUGACAAUUUUGCAAGGGAGACCGAAAUGUUGUUGAGGUUUGUCAAUAACCGUCUGGUUAAUGCUUUUAUGGAAGAAAAUUUAACAGUACCUAAAAUUCAUGCCGACACUGACCACGAGACUAGGUUAAGCUUCAUUCGGGAUAAGUACUGCAAGAAAAGGUUUUCUGUGGUUUUACCAGACGUGAAUAAUUUAUUGAUCAAAUCAAUACAACAAAUUCAAGUACAAGACGUCCUAAAAGCAAUCUUGUGUGGAGCUGAUGUGAACCUGAAUAUCCAAAUCAAAACGUCAAGUCAUGACGAGAACAUAGUGGUUUCCAUAUUUGAAUAUAGCUUACGAAAGUUUAUUGAGGUCGAUACAGACAACGUCAAGAGAAAAUAUUUUAUUCUUUCUGAACUUUUAGUGCUAAACGGCUGCACUAACUUUGGAGAGUUGAAGAUUUCGAAAGCAAGCUCGGGUUUGUCUCAAGAAGCUUGCGACUAUUGGAAGCUUAAAAGCACCGCUUUGAAUGGCGGGUCUUUCUAG